GGAUUUCUCAGCGCCACCGGCUACCGGACAAACCCAUUCCUUGCCCCGCUGCCUUGGCAAACGGGCCAGCCGGUGAAUUUUCUCCCUCGCUCCGAUCUGCCGGGGCCCCGGUGCGACCGUGGCUGGGAUCCAACGUCCCGGGCGGGGCCCACGGGUGUCUUUCUGAUCCCAUACCUGCUCAUCGCCGUGCUGGGGGGGGUCCCCAUUUUCUUCCUGGAGAUUUCGCUGGGGCAGUUCAUGAAAGCCGGGAGCAUCAACGUCUGGAACGUCGCGCCCCUGUUCAAAGGGCUGGGCUUCGCCUCCAUGGUGAUCGUGUUUUACUGCAACACCUACUACAUCAUGGUGCUGGCCUGGGGCUGCUACUACCUGGCCAACUCCUUCGCCGCCCCCCUGCCCUGGGCCACCUGCGGCCACACCUGGAACACACCCGAGUGCGCCGAGAGCUUCCGCCCGCCGGACUGCGCCGGCAACCAGAGCUGUGAGCCCGAGGGGCGCUCGCCCGUGCUGGAGUUCUGGGACCUGGGGGGGCCCCUGGGGAGAGGGAGCUGCCAUAGACCGGUGGGGUACAUGGGGGAGGGGCCUCACGCUGCUCCCCCCCCCCAGAUCGUCUAUUUCACUGCUACAUUCCCCUACGUGGUGCUGAUCGUGCUCCUGAUCCGGGGGGUCCUGCUGCCCGGCGCCGGCACCGGGAUCCUGUAUUAUCUCAAACCCGACUGGUCCAAACUGGGAUCCCCUCAGGUCUGGAUCGACGCGGGGACUCAGAUCUUUUUCUCUUACGCCAUCGGGCUGGGCGCCCUGACAGCCCUGGGCAGCUACAACCGCUUCAACAAUGACUGCUACAAAGAUGCCAUAAUCCUCGCCCUCAUCAACAGCGGGACGAGUUUCUUCGCCGGCUUCGUCGUCUUCUCCAUCCUGGGCUUCAUGGCGACGGAGCAGGGGGUCGACAUCUCCAUGGUGGCAGAAUCCGGGCCUGGCCUGGCGUUCAUCGCGUAUCCCCGAGCUGUCACCCUGAUGCCCGUCGCUCCCCUCUGGGCGGCUCUGUUCUUCAUCAUGCUGCUGCUACUUGGAUUGGACAGUCAGGUGGGUGCUGGGAGCCAGGAUGCCUGGGUUCUCUCCUUGGCUCUGGGAGGGGGGGGUGCAGCAGGCAGCGCUGCGGGGGGGGGAGGGGCGUAUUGGGGUCAUCUCCCCCCUCUCCCCCCAGGGGCUGAUCGGUUCAUGGACGACAUCGCCUGUAUGAUCGGCUACCGGCCCGGCCCCUGGAUGAAAUGGUGCUGGAUGGUUCUGACGCCCCUCAUCUGCCUGGGCAUUUUCCUCUUCAACGUUGCCUAUUACAAGCCGCUGAUCUACAACCACACGUACGUGUAUCCGUGGUGGGGCGAGGCCCUGGGCUGGGCCUUCGCGCUCAGCUCCAUGCUCUGCCUACCCCUCACGGCCCUCAGCAAACUGCUCCGCGCCCAGGGGCCGCUGGCCGAGCGCUGGCAGCGUCUCACCCAGCCCGUGUGGGGGCUGCACCACCUGGAGUACAAGGUGCCCGAGGGGAACGGGGGGGCGCUGACCAGCCUGAGCCCCUGCGCCGAGGACAUGGGCAAAGUCGUCAUCCUGGAGAGCGUCAUGUGACCUGGAGCUCUGCCCCCCUGGGGGGGUCCCCUGCCCCCCAGAACAUGUGCCACUCAAAUCAUACAGCCGCUCCCUGGGGGGCAGGACCCCUGCAAACCAGCCCGGACGCCUGGGUUCUCUCCCUGGCUCUGGGAGACGUGGGGAGGGGGAGCUGGGGGGGAGAGCAGAGGGGCUGGGGGCCCAGACACCUGGGUUCUCUGGGAGGGGAGCUCCUCCAUUCAAUUCAGCCGUUUGGCCCCACACGCCCCAGAGCCAGCAUGAGACGCCCCAGCCGGCGAACCCAGGCGUCCUGCCCCCCCCCCCGAGCCCUUGAACGCAGAUUAUAUUUUGCACAUUUUCUAUAGAGAGAAGCUAUAUACAGAUCUAUAAAUCGGGGUGGGGGGGGGACAUUAAUUUUCUUAAGUGUGGGGCCUGUACAAAGCGCUAACGAGCCAGGCCGGGGGUCGCGCGGGGACCCGGCUGGCGGGGGUGUCUGUGUUGGGGGGAGGGUGUCCGUGUGUGUGUCCGUGGGGGGUGUGUGUCCAUGUCCGGGGUGUGUGUGUGUGUGUUUGUGCUACAUCAAUGCACCAACCCAACCUCAGGCCGACGGGGGUGGGAGGGGGGGGGGGAUUGCUGAUGAGCCUCUGGGGGGGGCUGUGGCCCCCCGAGCAGCCCACCAGCAGGCCCUUGGGCUGUUUCUUUCUGGGGGGGGGCAGGGGAGAUGGAUGGGAGCAAGAUCCCCCCAUAUGCCAAGAGUCCAACCUCUGCCAUCCAGCGCCCCCCCCGGCCGGGGGUUAAAUCCAGAGUGACUCCAGCUUGCCCCCCGCCCACAGAGGCUGUCCCAUGUGUCCCCCCCACCCCGGGGGGCCCGGGGGCGAUUCCACAUCAGUCUUCCACGGUGGCAGCUUUAACGUGUUGUGUGUUGUGUCAAACCCGCGGGGACGCUCCUGACCCCCCGCUCCCCCGAGGGCCCCCCCGUUCCUGACCCCCCCAGCCCGCUCCGGGCUCCGUCUGUGAUCGUGUUAAUUUCCAUCCUGAGACAGCAAUAAACGAGACAUAUCCCGGC